GCUCAUUCACCUGUGUGUGUAAUGUUGGUUAUACCGGAGUUGGUACAUCUUGUACAGAUCAAGACGAAUGUACAUUAGGAACGCAUAACUGUGAUUCAAAUGCUGCAUGCACAAAUACUGCAGGCUCAUUCACCUGUGCUUGCAAUGUUGGUUAUACCGGAGUUGGUACAUCAUGUACAGAUCAAGACGAAUGUACAUUAGGAACGCAUAACUGUCAUGCAAAUGCUGCAUGCACAAAUACUGCAGGCUCAUUCACCUGUGCUUGUAAUGUUGGUUAUACCGGAGUUGGUACAGCUUGUACCGAUCAAGACGAAUGUACAUUAGGAACGCAUAAAUGUGAUUCAAAUGCUGCAUGCACAAAUACUGCAGGCUCAUUCACCUGUGCUUGUAAUGUUGGUUAUACCGGAGUUGGUACAUCAUGUACAGAUCAAGACGAAUGUACAUUAGGAACGCAUAACUGUCAUGCAAAUGCUGCAUGCACAAAUACUGCAGGCUCAUUCACUUGUGCUUGCAAUGUUGGUUAUACCGGAGUUGGUACAUCAUGUACAGAUCAAGACGAAUGUACAUUAGGAACGCAUAACUGUGAUUCAAAUGCUGCAUGCACAAAUACUGCAGGCUCAUUCACUUGUGCUUGCAAUGUUGGUUAUACCGGAGUUGGUACAUCAUGUACAGAUCAAGACGAAUGUACACUAGGAACGCAUAACUGUGAUUCAAAUGCUGCAUGCACAAAUACUGCAGGCUCAUUCACCUGUGCUUGCAAUGUUGGUUAUACCGGAGUUGGUACAUCUUGUACCGAUCAAGACGAAUGUACAUUAGGAACGCAUAACUGUGAUUCAAAUGCUGCAUGCACAAAUACUGCAGGCUCAUUCACCUGUGCUUGCAAUGUUGGUUAUACCGGAGUUGGUACAUCUUGUACCGAUCAAGACGAAUGUACAUUAGGAACGCAUAACUGUCAUGCAAAUGCUGCAUGCACAAAUACUGCAGGCUCAUUCACCUGUGCUUGUAAUGUUGGUUAUACCGGAGUUGGUACAGCUUGUACCGAUCAAGACGAAUGUACAUUAGGAACGCAUAACUGUGAUUCAAAUGCUGCAUGCACAAAUACUGCAGGCUCAUUCACCUGUGCUUGCAAUGUUGGUUAUACCGGAGUUGGUACAGCUUGUACCGAUCAAGACGAAUGUACAUUAGGAACGCAUAACUGUGAUUCAAAUGCUGCAUGCACAAAUACUGCAGGCUCAUUCACCUGUGCUUGUAAUGUUGGUUAUACCGGAGUUGGUACAUCAUGUACAGAUCAAGACGAAUGUACAUUAGGAACGCAUAACUGUCAUGCAAAUGCUGCAUGCACAAAUACUGCAGGCUCAUUCACUUGUGCUUGCAAUGUUGGUUAUACCGGAGUUGGUACAUCAUGUACAGAUCAAGACGAAUGCACAUUAGGAACGCAUAACUGUGAUUCAAAUGCUGCAUGCACAAAUACUGCAGGCUCAUUCACCUGUGCUUGCAAUGUUGGUUAUACCGGAGUUGGUACAUCUUGUACCGAUCAAGACGAAUGUACAUUAGGAACGCAUAACUGUGAUUCAAAUGCUGCAUGCACAAAUACUGCAGGCUCAUUCACCUGUGUUUGUAAUGUUGGUUAUACCGGAGUUGGUACAUCUUGUACAGAUCAAGACGAAUGUACAUUAGGAACGCAUAACUGUGAUUCAAAUGCUGCAUGCACAAAUACUGCAGGCUCAUUCACUUGUGCUUGCAAUGUUGGUUAUACCGGAGUUGGUACAUCAUGUACAGAUGAAGACGAAUGUACAUUAGGAACGCAUAACUGUCAUGCAAAUGCUGCAUGCACAAAUACUGCAGGCUCAUUCACCUGUGCUUGUAAUGUUGGUUAUACCGGAGUUGGUACAGCUUGUACCGAUCAAGACGAAUGUACAUUAGGAACGCAUAACUGUGAUUCAAAUGCUGCAUGCACAAAUACUGCAGGCUCAUUCACCUGUGCUUGCAAUGUUGAUCAGAACGAAUGUACAUUAGGAACGCAUAAUUGUGAUUUCAAAUGCUGCAAUGCACAAAUUUUAUGCAUGCUCAAUUUACCUGUGGCUUGCAAUAGAUUGUUUACACCGGAGUUUGGACAUUGUACAGGUCAGUUCACCUGUGGCUUGCAUGUGGUUAUACCGGAGCUGUACACUUGUACCGAUCAAGACGAAUGUACAUUAGGAACGCCUAUAACUGUGAUUCAAAUGCUGGCAUGCACAAAAUACCUGUUUGCAGGCCUCUAUUCACACGUGCUUGUAGGCUUGGUUAUACCGAAUCAAGGACGAAUGUACAUUAGGGAACGCCUAACUGUGGAUUCCAAAUGCUGCCUGACAAAUACUGGCAGGCUCAUGUCAUUGUCUUGCAAGUGGUUUUGUAUAUACCGGGAGUUGGUACUCUACGAUCAGAGACGAAUGACAUUAGGAACAGCCAUAACUGUCAUGCAAUAUGCUGCAUGCACAAAUACCUGCAGCUCAAAAAAUUCACCUGUGGCUUUAAUAUCAAGACGACAUGCUACAUUAGGAGAACGCAUAACUGUUGAUUCAAAUGCCUUGCAUGCACAAAUACUUUGCAGCUCAUUCACUUCGUGCUCAAUGCUGGUUAUCGGAGGUCUGAUCAAGACGCAAUGCUACACUAGGACGCAUAACUGUGAUUCAAAUGCUGCAUGCACAAAUACUGCCAGGCUUCAUUCACCUGUGCUUGCCAAUGUUGGUCUCAUACCGGAGUUG